AUGAUGAAGAAGAAGAAGUUUAAGUUUAAGGUGGACUUCGAGCUGGAGGAGCUCUCCUCGGUGCCCUUCGUCAAUGGGGUCCUCUUCUGCAAGAUGCGGCUGCUGGACGGCGGCAGCUUUACCGCAGAGUCCCCCAGGGAAGUGGUGCAAGCAAACUGUGUUCACUGGAGGAAGAAGUUCUCAUUUAUGUGCAAAAUGAGUGCAAGUGCCACCACAGGCAUCCUGGAUCCUUGUAUCUACAGAGUAUCUGUGAGGAAGGAAUUGAAAGGUGGAAAAGCUUAUGCAAAGCUGGGCUUUGCAGAUCUAAACCUGGCAGAGUUUGCUGGAUCAGGAAAUACCACUCGUCGCUGUUUACUGGAAGGCUAUGAUACCAAAAAUACAAGACAGGAUAAUUCCAUUCUUAAAGUUUUGAUCAGUAUGCAGCUGAUGUCUGGUGACCCGUGUUUUAAAACGCCUCCUUCUACAUCGAUGUCUAUACCAAUUGCUGGUGAAUCUGAAUCUCUGGAAGAAGACAGAAAAGGUGGAGAGACUCUCAAAAUCCAUCUUGGAAUAGCAGAUCUUUCAGCAAAGAGUGCCUCUGUUCCAGAUGAACUUGGUGCCUGUGGACAUUCUAGAACAUCAAGCUAUGCAAGCCAGCAGUCCAAAGUAUCAGGGUAUAGCUCGUGCCACUCCCGGUCAUCCAGUUUCUCUGAGCUCUGUCACAGGAGAAACACCUCAGUGGGAAGCACAUCAACGGGAAUUGAAAGCAUUCUAGAGCCGUGUGAUGAAAUUGAGCCAAAAACAGCCGAACCAAACCUUGAUCCAGCCAGCAAAGAAGAUACUGCUUCGGAACUGCUCACCAGAUGCCCAGUGAAGCAAGAUUCUGUAGAAUCUCAGCUGAAGCGAGUCGAUGACACCAGAGUGGACGCAGAUGAUAUUGUGGAGAAAAUCCUACAGAGUCAAGACUUCAGCCUUGAUUCCAGUGCCGAAGAAGAAGGCCUGAGGUUAUUUGUGGGUCCUGGGGGAAGUACGACCUUUGGCAGCCAUCAUCUUCCAAAUAGGGUGGGGUCUGGAGCUUAUGAACAAGUUGUGAUCAAACGCUAGAAGUCAAGCUGGUGAACUGAAGCUUCCCUGGGGGGUUGAGACGUAGGCCGUCAAGCUGU